AUGGCAUAUACUAUCGUUUACCCAAGAAAUAGCUACUAUCAAUCACCAUACUGCUAUUCAAGCAGCCGUUACUCCCCUCUUCCACUGGCUUCUACUAAUCCAUGGUUUGAUGUCUAUGAUGAUCUGUUCUGUAAUUAUUACCAUCCUUAUCAAUACAAAAUUGUCGGAUUGAUACCUGCCGAAAGACAACGAUCCGCUCCAAAACAGUGUAAUAAAGCUUGUAAGGAUGCAGCUUCCAAGGAAUGUUGCAAUACGGAAAAGUCGAGCCAAUCGCAAUCCGCAUCCAAGAAAGAGGAUGAGACAGUCAAAGAGCCAAAUUUAAGCAAACCAUCAUCGAGAGAGAAUACUAGUAAAACUGAUAAAAGCAAAAAAUCCACCGCUAAGAAAGUUAUUGCCCCAUGGUUUUCAUUGCUGAAUGACAGGCCAUGGUAUACCUUUGCCGAUAUAUUUGGAGAAGCAACAUCGGACGAUUGUUCAGCCUGCCCUGAGGAAUACUGCCAAACCAGUGACGAUAAUUCAUCAUUGGCUAACCACCCUCAAGAUAUCGUUACAUCAAGAUCUCAUACGGAAAGUAGAACUCAAAGUAAUGGUAAAGAUAAAUACGCCUAUUGCAAGUCAUCUUUUAAGAAGAAAAAUGGUGAGAGUAAAACUGUCAUUACACAAACUAUCGGCGAUCAGAAACAUACCGUCACAACAAUCGUUGAUGCUGAAGGUAAUGAAUGUCAAAGUGAAGACUAUAUCAACGUUGAGGAAGAUCAAAUUGAAGAAUUUAAAGAAAGCUUGAAAAAAUUUCAGUGCGGCCAAGUUUGCAACUCUACAUGCCAGAAGUUAUGCGACGAAGCAGCCGCCAGUAAUGAAGCAGAAAGUAAAAAGGAAUCCGAUAAAGAGUAAAUAGUAAAUCUACUCUAAACUUAAAAUAUGAUAGAGUAGCAGCUGAUACAGUUAAUGAUAUCUACUGAAUUGCGAAUGUAAUGUAAUUCGCCCAUCUUGUGGAUGUAUGACAAAAUAAUUACUUUCCAUGGCAUUGUAGCUUAAUAGGAUCGCACAUUGUGCGUGUUAUUAAUAAUGGAUACAUACUUGAUAAUUUAUGGCUAAUCAUGUUAAAGCAUCCAGUAGACCAAAUUUAAUUUAGAUUGUACAGUACCCGUGAUAAAAUGACAAUUUAAUACCAUGUUUAGAUUUAGUAUUUUACUUUGACUGCAAUGUAGUAAUCAAAAAUAUGUGUAUCCAUGGUUAUAUAUUUACGCGUUUGUAGAAUUUGUCGUCAUGUAAUGGCAGCUAUACUACAGCGUUAGAAUUUUUAUAAUUACUCUUACUCUUUAAACUUAAGCUGCUGCACUUUAAC